UGGCUGCAGCCAUAGGAAGCUGCUCCCGUCUCCUCACCACGCUCCUGCCUACGGUGUUGCAAACCUGUCUGUAAGGUUGGCUGCGAAACCCCUCUGGGGAGCACCACGGAGAAGACAGCCCAGAGCUGGGCUGCAGGAAGGCACCUGCUGGCAGAGGGGGCCGGGCUGACGCUGGCCGCUUGUGCACGUUGCCCCAGGACCAUGCUGAACGCGCUGCUGCUGUGCUACGGGCUGCUGCAGGGGAUCCAGGCCAUCCUCACCUCGGACCUCAGCCACAGCCCCCUGCAGAAGAUGAGCGCCGGGCUCGAGGAGGCAGGCAGAGCCCCCUACUCCAGCCUGCUGCGCAAGGCCAAGGAGGCGUCAGUGGAGCUUGCCGGAGCUCUUCCCAGGUCGGAUUUCGAUCAGAUGGCCCUGGAGGUGCAAGAAGGUGACGGUAACCUCCUGCAGAAAAGCAGCGUGCCGGAACCACAGGCGUUGUCCACGGUCCUGCAAGCUGCAGGCCGGGAGGAGCGCUCCCCUCGCCGCUGCGUCCGCCUCCUGGAGUCCUGCCUGGGCCAACAGAUCCCCUGCUGCGACCCCUGUGCCACCUGCUACUGCCGGUUCUUCAACGCCUUCUGCUACUGCAGGAAGAUCAGCAGCACCCUUCCAUGCGGCAAGAACUAGUGCCUGUGCCGCAGGGCUGCCUGCUUGUCCCCGCCGGCCUCCCCCUGUGCGGCUCCAAUAAAGCAGCGGAUAGCA